CUCCCUCCCAGAAAGGACUCAGUCUACGACGAACUGCCGAAUCGGCUAGGUUGCAUUUGGCUUCGUUCAGGUGUUACGGACAUGUGUGUGCGUGCGUACGUCGUGCGUGUAUGACGGCGUCGCGAAUCGAAUAAUCUAAUCCCCAGGACAAUUAUAUAUAUAACAAACCUCUUUAGAAGCCACAGCGUUUGUUUAGGUUUGCAUCCCCCGUUGGUAUCUCUAGGCCUACGAAGGGUAAACGAGAUGACUGACAGAUCACUCACGACUUUGUUAGUCUGGAUUAUCGGCGUUUUGGUGAUCACCUGUGAUCACCAGGUUUCCGCAGUAUCGAGCGAAGGAACUUGCGUAUGGUAUGGAUCCUGCGGAACCAAUCCUGCCACAGACAAGCCUGCCAACUGCCCUUACAGAGGGCCAGCCAAGCCUCUCAACUCGACGGAUGUCCUCACCUUAACGGCAGCAUGCCCAGAAUUCGUCCAAGAUAUGAUGUCCAGCAGCCCGGACGGGGUGAUACGAACGUGCUGUGAUGCCACUCAGAUCACAGCCAUGAUUUCCCAAAUGAUCAUAGGCCAAGGACUGCUUCAGCGAUGCCCGACUUGUGUGAGGAACUUCCGUCAGAUGUUCUGUUACAUGACCUGCAGCCCUCACCAGAGUGACUUCUUGGUGGCGAAGGCAGUCAAGAAUGCCACGGAUACACAUAAACCAGUGAUUACAGACCUUGAGGUUCACGUAGCAGACACCUUCGUAGACUCCGUCUAUAGAUCCUGCAAAGACGUUGCGAUGCCGUCCACUAAUGAGAAGGCCCUUUCCAUCAUGUGUGGUCCGUGGGGUGCCUAUUACUGCUCUGGACAGAGGUGGUUCACUUACAUGGGAGAUAUAGGCAAUCAAUACACGCCCUUCCAGAUCGAUUAUGUUUACGACACAACGGCAGAAGGUGCAAUCGUUCCCUUUAAUGGCACGGUGAUUCCCUGCAGUCAGGCUCCUAAUAACCUGUCGAAUUCUUGCAGCUGCCUGGAUUGCGAAGCUUCGUGUCCAAAGCCACCACCUCUUCCUCCAAUUCCAGAGCCCUUCUCAAUAGGAGAUGUGGACGGACUGAUGGUGAUCAUGGCAUUGUUUUUCCUACUGUUCGCUGCCGCAUUCAUCACCGUGUACGUGUGUUAUUCCUGCAGGUCUCAGAGCAUCGACAUUGUAGUACCGGGAGACAGUGCUACCAGUGGUGAUGAGCCAGGUUGUCUUGAGAAAAUGGGCUCAAAUCUUGAGGAAGUCCUUCAGAAAUAUUUCACAAUUUGGGGCACAAUCUGCGCUGAGCAUCCGUGGACUGUGUUGAUCGUGGGAAGCUUGGUGGCCAUUGGCCUCUCAGUCGGCAUAAUCUUCCUGAAGGUAACAACAGAUCCCGUUGAGCUGUGGGCCUCCCCAUCCUCAAGGUCAAGAAUAGAAAAAGAAUAUUACGACAAGAACUUCGAGCCUUUUUACCGCACCGAGAUGCUCAUCAUCCGCCCUGUUGGAGUUGAGGAUGUUCCUCAUCAGACCCCAGAUGGUAUUGAAAUGUGGGGCCCAGUGUACAACAAAACCUUCCUGAAAGAAGUGCUGAAGUUACAGAACUAUAUUACGCGUGAGUUGAUGGGUGAGGUCAACAAUGAACCAGUCGUUCUCGAAGACAUAUGUUUCACACCGUUGUCACCCACAAACAAUAACUGCACAAUCCAGAGUGUCCUCAACUUCUUCCAAAAUGACGAAGCCAACCUGGACAUUGAAGUCCCAACACUAACGAAUAUCACCAAUAACUAUAUUGACCAUCUUGCGUCAUGUUACAGAAAUCCUCUCCAGCCCCGGGAGGCUUCAAUAGGCAUCCCAUGCCUUGGUGAAUAUGGUGGCCCUGUCUUCCCCUAUACAACUCUGGGAGGAUUUCUGAAUGAGAGCCAGACCCUUGGGAAGGAUCCUGCCUACAAGAAUGCAACAGCCCUUGUCAUAACACUCCUUGUGAACAAUUACUACAACAAGGACAAGGUUGAAAAAGCAAUGGUUUGGGAAAAGGAACUCAUCGCCUUCAUGAAGAACUUCUCGCAUCCCAUGAUGGACAUAGCGUAUAGCAGCGAAAGGUCGAUUCAGGAUGAAGUCCAGAGAAUGAGCGAGGGAGAUGUGCUGACUAUCUUGAUCUCCUACACGAUCAUGUUUGUGUAUAUUUCACUAGCUCUGGGAGAUUACACAAGAUGCAGUCGCCUGCUUGUGGAUUCCAAAAUAACCCUGGGUUUUGGAGGAGUGAUCAUAGUGUUGAUAUCUGUUACAUCUUCUGUGGGUGUAUAUGGCUAUGCUGGGGUGAAGGCUACUUUGGUCAUCAUUGAGGUGAUUCCGUUCCUCGUUCUGGCCGUAGGAGUUGACAACAUGUUCAUCCUGGUGCAGACCUAUCAGAGAGAAUCCCGGAGGCCUGCUGAAAUACGUUCAGAGCACAUAGGACGUGUCGUGGGUCAGGUUGCACCCUCCAUUCUCUUGGCCUCAUUCUCUGAGGCUGCUUGCUUCUUCUUAGGUGCAUUGUCUGACAUGCCUGCUGUCCAUGCAUUUGCCCUUUACGCGGGCUUGGCACUGCUAAUUGACUUUCUGCUGCAGAUAUCCUGCUUCGUUUCCCUCAUCGCGUUGGAUGCGAAGAGACAAGAAGAAAAUCGGUUUGACAUCUGUUGCUGUGUUGUGGGGGCUAACAAAGAAGGCUCCAGCCGCGAGGGGACUCUGCAGAGGUUCAUUAAACAGGUGUAUGCCCCGUGCCUCUUGUCCCGAAUUGGCCGUCCACUCGUCAUUCUGGUCUUUACCGGUUGGCUUUUCUCCAGCAUCGCCGUUCUGCCCAAAAUAGACGUAGGCCUGGACCAAGAGCUCUCAAUGCCUGAAGAUUCAUACAUGCAGAAGUAUUUUGAUUACCUCCAUACUUAUUUAAGCGUAGGACCACCAGUCUACUUCGUCCUCAAGGGAGGCAUCAACUUCACAAACUUGACCCAACAAAACGAGAUCUGUGGGACUGUGAAUUGUGAUACUGACAGUUUAUCAACUCAGAUUUACAUGGCCUCCUUACUUGCCAACAGGACUUACAUAGCUCAGCCCGCGUCGUCUUGGCUAGACGAUUACAUGGAUUGGUCCUUAUACAAUAUAGACGGCGAUGUUCCUUGUUGUCGUAUCAACGAUGCCGAUAAUUCGUUUUGUCCGGCAUCUGAUGCAGAGUCGAACUGCACAGCCUGUGAUAUUCAACCAUUAGAGGAUGGUCUGCGGCCCGACCUGUCGUUUAUGGAGUACUUGCCCUUCUUCUUGGAAGACGUACCAAAUGAAGACUGCCCGAAAGGCGGUCACGCUGCGUACGGUCAAGCAGUUAACAUCAUCCAGAACGAAAGGAACGAGAGUGUCGUUGGAGCCAGCUACUUCAUGACUUAUCACACCAUUCUGAAGACAUCUAAAGAUUAUUACGAGGCUCUCAGAUGGGCGAGAACUGUUUCCGCUAACAUCACAGACACAUUAAAUCAAGGCGUGGCCAAACCAGUUUAUGAAGUAUUCCCAUACAGCGUAUUUUACGUCUUCUACGAGCAGUACCUGACGAUGUGGGAGGACCUGGGCAAGUCUCUCGGCGUGUCCCUCCUGACAGUGUUCAUCGUGAGCAUCAUCCUCUCGGGUCUCGAGAUCGUGUCUUCUUUCAUCGUGGUCAUGACCAUACUGAUGAUUCUCAUCAACCUGGGUGGCCUCAUGUACUGGUGGGGGGUGUCUUUGAAUGCCGUCUCACUCGUGAACCUUGUUAUGGUAAGCUGUUGUAUAUCUGUAGAGUUUUGCAGUCACAUAACGCAUGCAUUCUCCCUGUCGUUGAAAGAUACGAGAUGGCAGCGAUCGUAUGAUGCUGUUGUUACUAUGGGAAGUUCUGUCCUCUCCGGUAUUACUUUCACAAAGUUUGGAGGCAUUGUCGUUUUAGCAUUCGCGCACUCCAAAAUCUUCCAAAUAUUCUAUUUUCGGAUGUACCUGGGGAUCGUAUUGAUUGGAGCGGCCCACGGAUUGAUAUUCUUACCUGUUCUGCUUAGCUUUUUCGGCCCAAGAUCAAACCGAUGCCGCGUUCAGAAGCUUCAGUGGAAGAUGAUCGCCGAGACCUUCCACGGAUCCAUGUCCGUCAGUGAGGAGGUUCCCGAACCCCAGCAGUUCAUUGAUGCAUCCAGCCUAGACGUCAGCAUUAUCCAGCCGGAGAUUCACCCGAACUACGGCGGGGUCGAGUCAGAGAGUCUGACUGUGUAAUAUUUUCUUACUUGUAGCAUAGGUGUUGUUUUAGUCAUCAGGGUCUGUGGCAUUAUUAUGCAGCGUUGAUAAUUUUAUAUCAUUGUGUAUAUGUGGAUGCAAUAUGUGUUGGUUUAAGUGGUUUAAGAACAUUAUUCCUUUAGAUAUUCCUCAUUUAUGUGGUUCUUUGGCUUUUUUUUCACCACUUCACCACCGUCUCAUUUGACCAAAGUCUCUGCAAUCUCAAUCUGGAAAAGGAACUUCUUUCGGGAACUGUGAUUGAAAACAUUAGCAACAACUUCCCUACUUGGGCUUCAAAGUAGAAAACAUCAAAAUCAGAGUUUGUCAACCGUAAUGAAAAUGAUGACAUUCUCAGCAUAGUUUAUUGUAGUGGCUAAUGAUGAAUAUGUUGAUAUUUGGUUUAUUUCCUGUGAAGGUUUGUUGGUAUAUGCUUGUCUAAAAUACUGACAUUCAUUUACACAUGGGGAUACCAAGAAUGUGUAUGUUUGCAAAAUUAAAUGUCCAAAGAGACCAAAGUGUGGAUAUGACAUUGAAAUGAGAACAUUUUCAUCCUUUCCUGAGAUCAUUUUUAAGUUGACAAGUACUACAGAGGUUUCUUUCUCAAAUACAUAUUUAGGAGUUUUUUAUUUAUUCGUGUCUGAAUUGUUUCAUUUGUAUUGAUAGUACUCAGUUUCCUCAUGAUUCUAGUUACACCCUGCAUUGAUUUGUAGAUCUCAAACUUCGUCAGAAGGAAGAUCACACUUGUGCAUAUUAUUCACUUUUGGUAAAUGAUUUAGACCGAAUCUUUUGAUAACUGACAAGGAAGAAGGUUAGUGUUGAUUUAUAUAUAUUGCUUGGCAAAUGUAAAUAUUCUUGAUAUACUUCUUAGAUAAGACUUGAGGAGUUUUUGUUUUCCAGUGAGCAAAUGUGGAUUCAAGGUGUAAUCUUUUAUUUGCUUGGAUGUCUGCAACAGAGGAGCUACAAGGGUCUUUUGUUAUUUUAACCUUUUGCUAGCCGUCUGUCCCCUACAUUUGAAGGAUAGACAUUAUCAUACGCCAAAAUUAAUUAUUUUAGGGUGCCAGAUGCCAACUUUGAGGAAAAUUUACUUUAAAAUAUAUUUCAGUUUUCAGGAUGUUGAAUUUUGUUUUUAAAAUUCAAAAUAACAGGCUGUGAUACUCUUACAUAUCCUGCUCAUUUGCGAAUAAACUGGGUACAUGUGAAUUAGACUAGAGAGAUUUAAUGUCAUGUUUGGGAAAUGGUUUGAUAUUAUUGUGUUUUAUGUGAUAGUGCCAAUAGUAAUAGUAAAAUGGGUCGACCCUAAAUUUAGGAUGAUAGGGAUGAAAGUAUCUACGCCCACUACAAGAGAUUAGAAGUAUCGUAGAAGACGCUAGAGUUGAAAAUAGCAGUUAGGGAAUACGUACUGGUUAAGCUCACUUUUAUUUUGUCGUUUGGACUGUGAGAAGAGUGUUUGAUUAAGCAGAAGUUAUUUAUUUGUACAGCAGAGAACAAACUGUCUCCUCACUUUAGUGUAAUGGUUUGGUUUGAAGGCGACUAGCUAAGUUCCCCUUUAUUCAGCAUAAAGCUUUGGUCUGGUAAUACAGCAGCAGAUUUUUUCAUUCUCUUUAUUUUGUUAGGUUUUUGUGCCCCUUUCUUGACUUGUUUAAUGAUUGGAUCUCUAUAAGCCACUACUCUAAGGAACUGCACUUUAAACUCAUUUAGCUUUUAACUCAUUUAGGUUUCAGUCUGUCCCAUUUCAGUGUGUUCCAUCAAGCGUACGAGCUCUGGCCCUUGGAGAUUAUCCAUUAUGUCAUCUUGGAGAAGAUUUUCUCACAAGGCUCUUUUAUUAUAAGUGCCUCCCCACCCAACAAGUUGCGCUAAGUCGAGUCUUUUUUUUUUUCUGUUAAGUCCUACAUUAUCAGGGACUUAUUUUCAGAAAACCCUGGAAUCGAGGUCCUUUUUUCCACUUUUUCCAUUAGCUUUGAGACAGAAUGCCUGCCAUAGCAAGUCUCUGGAACUUGGCUGUAAAAGUUGCUUUCAGCCUUGCCUUUGUGCUUGCCUGACAUACUAGGAAACCAAAGGGGAUGAUCGUAUGACACGUACUAGAAUUGGCUGUCAUAGAUAUUUCUAAUGAUUUCAAAGCAUAUGGAAGUUCCUUGGGAUCUUUUUCUCUCGUAAAUUUUUAUGUUGUAGAGACUGACAGUGAUGAUGAAUUGUGUUUCUGUCCCCUGUUAGAAAGCUCUGUAAUGGCACAUUCCUGUUACCAAAUAAAUAAGUACAUCAAAUCAGUACUACCAAUAUUUGCUUAACACAUCAUAGCUGUUUUCUACAUCAAGAAGGUUUUCUACAAAUAUCUUGUUUGGUGGAAUAGUCAGGUAACUUCUUUCCUACCUCCCAUUUCUUCAUUUUCUUCCAAAAUUGGGAAUGUCUGGUGGGCCAAGGAUAAUGUUGGAUGGAUAACGAUAGAUGAUCUUGUUUUCAUUUUUGGUAAUGUUAAGUCAUUUAUCGGUCAUUGGCAAUUACACCAUAGGUUGAAUAAUUUGUCAACAUGAAAACAAUGUUGGAUGGUGCUCAGUUUUGCAUUGUACCUUUCUAAGUGGGUAUCUUUAAUAUUGGUGCUUUUUAAAGAGAAAUAUUUUAUUUAUGCCACAUCCUUCUCCCAUGAGAGCUUUUCCUUUUGUUGGGUUUAGAACUAAGCUUUAUGCAAGUUGAAGGGGAACGAGAUCUUUCUGUUAAAUGCUGACCAGUCGCUGCUUUGUAAUAAAACAUGAGGUUACAAUCAGGCAAUUAUUUAUGUUAUGGAAAAACAUAUAUUUUGUUUACUAUAGUUACCAUAUUUUUACCAAUGUACGUUAUGUUACCAUCAGACCUCGCUUUUUGUAUACUAUUGCGGAGUGCCCGUCAUUUUACUGGACUUGGAUCCGAAACAGAACUUAGUGAUGAAUCUUUGCAUUCUUUACUCAAGUUUCAAUAAGCAUCAGAAGUGAACAGGUAUGAAUCCACGGUAAAUUCAUGCACUGCGCGUUACCACCAGCAUGAGUGCGCUGUUUGAAUUUCAUUUGAAGACUGUCCCAUGAUAUGAAUUCUGUAUUCAGGUUAAAAGUGGAAACUGCAGUGUCCUUUGCACCAGUUCCUUUAGUGCCAAGGUUUCUCAAAAUGGAAGGCAUGCCUUACGAUUCAAGUACCUAAAUUCUGUAUUGAAAGAGUUUCUUUAUGAGCUGACAUAGAAAUCUAGUUGCAUUGUUAGGCUUAGUAUAAAGAAGAGCAGUUUUAAUAGUUAACUUCAUAGUGACAGAUUAUAGAGGUUUUUCAAGACUGUGCUAAGAAAAACACUGCCAUGAGCAUAUUUGUUACCGGAGACUUGCUCGGAAUUUGUAAAUGAAUGUAAGUAAGGACUGAAAAACAAAGCAAAAUUGCAAGCAGAAUGUGAAAUGUUAGGAGAAAAAGAUUAUUACAAUGGUAGAAAUUUUAUCUCCAAUAAGCUGUAAGGAUAUCAAGAUUCAUAUGUGUGUAACUAGUAGAAAGUAGUGAGGUCGAGAAAGCCACUGAGAUUAAUGGUAGACAUAAACUUAGGACCAGGUUGUGGUUUAAGGCCCUUCCAGGCAUUUACCUCCACUACCACAUUAUUAUAGUUAGGUAUAGUAGACUUAAGGCUAUAUUUUGGAUUUGAAAAAGAACUGCUGUUCUCCAGAGAUAAAAAGUGGAAAUGGCAUCACACCAUUUUCUAGAAAUUUUGUAUCAUAGAAAACUAGGCAGAUAAUGAGAUGGGUGAGACAAUCUUUUAUAGUGAACAUACAGUAAGUUAUGUAGCUAAAGUCAGAAUUAUUAUACUACUGUUGCAAACAAUGUUUAACUGAGUGGCAUUAGUUCAGGGGGAACGUCCGAAAGCAACAUUUACCCAUUGCUAUUUUAGAGUCGGCUUGUCCCUAACCAUGUUUGUAUCUGUCCCAGUGAAGGCUGUUUCUGCCAGCCUUAUCAUUGUAAACUGUUCCACACGACUUGAUUUGGUAUUCUCACCCUAAAUCUUGUGUGUAACAUUUUGAAGUCAUCAUCUUGUAAGCAGUGUGAGAAAGGGACACAUGAACAUUGUGAAUUGUAACCUGGAGUUGUUGUUCUUUUAAACUUUUUAUUCCUGGGCAAGAGGUAUGUUGACAUUUCAUAAAUUAUGAGACAAAAGGAUGUGGAGUUUAGAAGUUUAUUUCUUAAGAAUGUUGGUGUUGGACAGUUUCCAUUUCGUAAAAUGCAUGUGUGGAUUGCACUUUUAUUCUGCAGAUAAAGAAUUAAUGCAUAGAGCUUCUGUUCACAGUUAGACAUGAAAAACUGUGUAAUCUGAUGUGGGAAAAUAUGAUUAUUUCAAACUUGAACGUUAACGGCCUAACAAUUUAAUUCUAACUUGCUAAAGUGAAAACUGAGGAAGCUGUCUUUUUGUACAUGAAAUGAAUUGUAAUUAGUUUGCUGCGUUGUCAGAUUAUGAGGAUUAAAUCUCAAAUUUGCAAGGCAGAUGUUAUUGUAGACAUAGUAUUUUGCAAGGUAUAUGGAAACAGUGUAUUUUUAUAUUCUUUUCAUCUGGUUGUUUUGCAAAAGGACUAAUGUUACAUCUGUCUUAUGAUGGGAUAAGGUAUAAUUAUUUGAUGUGAAUGUUACUUCAUAAAUAAGUGUGUCAGGGACAAAUAUUGGAGACAAAAAUUGAUCUAUCAGGAAACAUCUUUGGGCCAAUCCUUGUAUGAUGAAGAAAUUGGGAUGCAGUGGUCUCUUUGAGAUGGAUAAAUUAUUCUUGAAAUGUUGGCCAGUGGCAUCUUUGCAAUUUCUUCCAACUAGUUAAUAGGGGAAUGAUGACAAGAGGUAGAUGUUUGUUUGCUAGUAAUAGCAGUAUGGAAAUACUCAAGCACAGUAUUUAGCAAAUAUGAUAAUAAUAAUUAUAAUAACCAGCAAACUUACCCAUCUACGAUGGGUGAUAAAAUACGGGUGCAGAAGUGAAAAAUUUGUAUGUACUAUUUGUUCAGCAAUAUUAAAAUAAGGGCGAUUACACGAAUAGUCUCUCUCUCUCUCUCUCUCUCUCUCUCUCUCUCUCUCUCUCUCUCUCUCUCUCUCU